CAAGACAAGCAUCAAAAGUUGUCAAGGGUUCACUUAUUUAUUGCUAUCAGGUCAAGUGAUAAUACUUUAAAAUAGAGCAUUAUAGAGUUUCAUCUUUCAAAGAUAGCAAAGUGACUUAGAAAAUAGAAGGCUUCAGGUAGAAUGUACCAUCAUCAUCAACACCAAGGAAAGAACAUUCAUUCUUCUUCAAGAAUGUCAAUCCCUUCUGAGAGGCAUAUGUUCCUUCAAACCGGAAGUGGGUCUGGUGAUUCUGGACUUGUUCUGUCAACUGAUGCUAAGCCUAGAUUGAAAUGGACACCAGAUCUUCAUGCCAGGUUUAUUGAAGCAGUGCAUCAGUUAGGUGGAGCUGACAAGGCAACUCCAAAAACAGUGAUGAAACUCAUGGGAAUUCCAGGGCUUACCUUAUAUCAUCUAAAAAGUCAUCUUCAGAAGUACAGAUUGAGCAAGAAUAUGCAUGGACAAAGUAACAAUGUGACACACAAAAUCACCACAGAUCCAGGUCCAGCAACAGGAGAAAGACUCUCUGAAAAUAAUGGAACUCAUAUGAACAAUUUAAACCUUGGCUCUCAGUCUAACAAAGAUUUACACAUAAAUGAGGCACUGCAGAUGCAGAUAGAGGUGCAGAGAAGGCUAAAUGAACAACUUGAGGUGCAAAGACUCUUACAGCUCCGGAUAGAGGCCCAAGGAAAAUACCUGCAAGCUGUGUUAGAGAAAGCUCAGGAAACACUUGGUAGACAGAACUUGGGAAUAGUAGGACUUGAAACUGCUAAAGUUCAACUUUCAGAGCUUGUGUCCAAAGUAUCCUCUCAGUGCCUGAAUUCAGCAUUUUCAGAACUGAAGGAAUUACAAGGGUUUAGUCCACAACAAACACAAAACAACCAGCCUAAUGACUACUCCAUGGACAAUUGCCUCACAUCCCGUGAGGGAUCAGAAAAUGAGCAAGAAAUGCAAAAUGGGGGGAUGAGCUUAAGACCCUUCAAUGGUCAUACAUUCAUGGAAACAAAGGAAGUCAUAGAGGCUCAUAAUCCCAACCUACGGAACUCUGAGAUCAAAUGGUGUGAUCAAGGGAAAAAGAACACUUUUCUUACCCCAUUAGGCAAGAAUUCAGAAAGAAGAAGUUAUGUUGUAGAAAGAAGUCCCAGCAACUUAUCUAUGAGCAUUGGGGUUGAAGGAGAAACAGAUGGUGAAUUCCAACAGCUAAGCACCAUUAGGAAAGAAUCAAUGAAACCAGGGACUGAUAAAGUUUCUCAAGAUUAUAGAUUGCCUUCUUACUUUUCAACAAGACUGGACCUAUCCACUGAAGAUAAUGACGCUGAAACGAGUUGUAAACAACUUGACUUGAAUAGAUUCAGUUGGAACUGAAAGGCUAAGACACCAAGUAGAGAAUGGACAAAGCAAAUACAGAAAACAAGGCCACUACAAUUUCUGAUUCAGUCAUUAGUGAAAGAUAUAUGUCAGAAACAAUGUAUUAUUAUUACAUUACAAUAUUUAUCUUCUGCUCUUUUUUCAGCUUAAGUGGCCACUGGCUGCUAGAUGAGUUAUUUUUAGUAGAACGCAGGUUGCAACUAACAAAGAUCAACGAUCACUUUGUUGUAAGCAAUCAUUAUGAUUGAGAUAACUCU